AUGUCACUUCCGUCUCUAUGUGGUACAUUUCUGACGGGCAAACGCUCUUUAGUGGCCUUUAUCUGGACCAUCACAACCAUCUGCACGUACCUGGCCUUUAUCCUGGCCAUCGGUGCAAUUAUCCAAGUACACACUUCUUACCUAGGCAUCGAACGCAAUUACCAAGAGCAAGGGGAAUCCAAGCAAAACUACCAACAGAACGACGACGAUGCCGGUGGCGGCGAUCGCGGUUCGGCCGAUCGGGAACAAGCUCUCGCACAGUACAUGUGGUUGGCGGCCUUGUCGUCCACAAGUUUGACCCUCUGUGCAGUCUACAUCAUGGUCAUGGCCGUUGCGUUGACUAUGUACGGGUCAACCGCCGUAGUAGGAUUUAUGUCGCUGCGAGGUGUCUACAUCGCCCCCUGCUUCUCGUCCAAGGGGUCGAGGUUGCGACUCGGAUUGUUUGGCGGGGCCGUCAUUCUCUUUGUGAAUCUACUUAUCGUAUGCGCGGUGGUCUUUGGUGAAGUUAGAGUUGAGGACGGUCGCAACGGCGACGAUCGCAGAGACAUGGUGCCGUACGAAAUAGAACGCAUAGCUACCAUCAUGGCCGUAACGUGCAUAUUUCUGGCCGUGCUAUACACCAUUUUUGCCAUCGUGCUAUUCCUCUAUUUUGGUAACGGUGAUACAAUAGACGACGAAACGGGAAACGCCUUGAGUAUGAUGGGUGUAGGAUCCAGAGUUGAGACGAGCACGCCUCUCACAUCGAAUAUUAACGAUUCCCGGAGAGAAAAUUUCAUCACUCUGGACCACCAUGGAUAUCAACCAAGCUAG